AUGACGAGCCAACCACCACAGGGCAGCACGCAUUCCGGUUCGAGCACUACCACCGAUCAAUCGCCGGUGCCGCCGCUCCGCUCGCUGCCGGGGUCGUACGGGUGGCCGGUGGUGGGCCCGUUCCUGGACAGGCUGCAUUUCUCCUGGUUCCAAGGCCCGGAGGCUUUCUUCCGGGCCCGGAUGGAGAAGUACAAGUCGACUGUGUUCCGCACCAACGUGCCGCCAUGCUUCCCCUUCUUCGCCGGCGUGAAUCCCAACGUCGUGGCGAUGCUCGAUGUCAAGUCGUACUCUCACAUGUUCGAUCCCGAGAUCGCCGACAAGAGGGACACCUUUCUCGGCGAUUUCAUGCCCAGCCUCGGUUACUCCGGCGGCCAGAGGACUGUUCCCUAUCUCGACACGGAGGAGACCAAACACACUCAGAUCAAAAGGUUUGGGCUGGACAUCCUGAAGCGGAGCUCCAAGGUGUGGAUAUCCGAGCUGGAGGCCAACCUGGACGAAGCAUGGGCCAAGGUGGAAGCCGACGUGUCAUCCAAAGGUAGAGCCAAGUUCGUGAAUCCACUCAAGCUGUGCAUGUUCAAGCUGCUGAUCAAGUGCUUCCUGGGAGUUGACGUGUCCGAGUCGCCAGAAAUCGCUGAGUCGGGGGUCUCCAUUGUCGAUAUAUGGUUCAUCCUCAUGCUUCUCCCUACAAUCAGCCAAAACGUCUUCCAACCCCUCGAAGGAAUUUUCAUCCACACUUUUGCUUAUCCUUCUUUCCUCGUUCGUCGAGGAUACAAUAAGCUCGCCGACUUCAUCAGGACUCGAGGACAUGAAGUGGUCCAACGCGGCGUGACCGAGUACGGACUAAGCGAGGAAGAAGCGGUUCACAACUUGUUCUUCAUGAUAGGCUUCAACGCCUUCGAGGGCUUCAACCUCUUACUCCCGGACCUUCUGAACCAGUUACUCAGCGACCAAACCGGUUUACAAGACAGGCUCCGGGUCGAAGCCAGGCAGAUGGGCGGGCCGGUCCUGACUUUCGACUCGGUGAAGCAGAUGCCCCAUAUCCGAUCCCUUGUCUACGAGACCCUUCGGUUCAACCCACGGGUCCCUCUCCAGUACGCUAGGGCAAGGAAGGACUUCCGGCUCAGCUCGCACGAGGCGUCGUUCGAUAUCAAGAAGGGCGAGCUGUUGUGCGGGUACCAGGUGCUGGUGGCCCGUGACCCGGUGGUUUUCGACGAUCCGGAAAGCUUCAAACCGGACCGGUUCGUGGGCGAGAAGGGGACCGAGCUGCUGAAGUACUUGAUCUGGUCCAAUGGUCCGGAGACCGGGACGCCCACCGAGUCGAACAAGCAGUGCAUGGGGAAAGAGUACGUGGUUCUGACCGCGUCGGUGAUCGUGGCCUACUUGUUGCGACGAUACGAUUCGAUGGCCGGGGACGGUUCGACCAUCACGGCCCUUGAGAAGGUCAAGUGA